AUGUCGGACAGUGCGUCAGCGGCAUCGAUAGAUGUACAUCCUAGGCUCGAUGAGCACGAGCGUCGCGCUCCGCACACGCUAUCAGUGACGAAUGACUUCGUUGAGGAUGUGGAGGUGGUCGACUACGAGUCUGACACUCUUUUUCCCGCGUGGGAUGACGAGGAAGGCGAGCGGCGCGAGCGGCGUGAGACGAGACCUGCUCGCGCCUUGCGGACCAUAUGUCCGUUUCCUGACUUCUCGUCACCUGAGGGACUCGACGGGGCACAGAGGCGGCAGCUGGAAGCUGCAUUUAAGGUGGCCCUGAUGCGCGCCCAUCCACGGCCGGUCAUUGACCCUCGUGUGGAUUAUGGCUUCCGCCCGGCGGAUCCCGCUGUGGAAGCGAUGAACGCGGUAGCUGGACCGCUACGUCUCCACAACAUCGUCAUUACAAAAGAUGAGCUUGCCGAACGGAAAGCUCUUCGAACUCAUUUCUUGGUUCCACAAGAAUUUCCGUUAGAAGCGUCUGGGCAAAUUUGCGGAUUUGCGGAAGUGGCGUCUCAAACUCCCACGAGUUUUCGGAGUCGGGAUAUCCCCGCCACUUCACCGGGUAUUGGAUUUGACCCUGGUGACAACGUCGUCUUACUAGACGUUCCACAUGAUAAUGGACGUCACUGUUCUCAUCAAGAAUCGUCGGUUGCGGGCGGUGACGACCGGGUCAACCGCCGUCCCGUGACUCGUGAUGAUCUUCGAGCCCUUGAGGACGAGGUCCUUCGUGAUCGAAGCUCCGCUGAGCGUCAUGCCAAAGUAACAUAUCGCUGUGCGGACGCUCUUGACGAUUUAAACCACGUCGUGCGCCGGCAGCUUCGCCUUGAGGACUACCGCGCUCUGUCAAAGCGACUCCUAGCCGUAAAACUGGCAAAUGCGUCGCUGCAUGCGACGGUGGAGCGCUUGGCGCCAUUUGACAUGGAGGUUACUGCACUCUGUGCUCAGAACCAGUUGCUGAUUCAACUUCUGGGUGGCCGAGGGCCCGUUGGAUCCGCUCCGGCGCCAACGCUUCCGCGUUCACUUGCGCCGGAUCGUGGGUUUGCAUCCAUGCGCAUCACUGUCAUUCUUGCGGUGAGCGCAGCCGGCAAGAAUCUGCCACCAAUCUUGAUCUGGAAAGGAGCUGGCCUUGUCAGCUUUGAGAAAAUUGAUGGAGUGUACGUCACGUACCAGAAGAAGGCGUGGGUUGACGAUUCGCUGCUCAAGCGCUGGAUCGAUUUGCAGUUCCCUAUGGUAAAUGUCAGCAAUGGAAAGUUUUUGAUUUGGGACUCAAUGAGAGCUCAUAUCUCGAAGGAAGUCAAGGCAAAGUGUCAGACGCGCGACAUCAAGAUGUGUGUAAUUCCUGGAGGACUCACUCCUUAUCUUCAGGCUGGUGAUAUCGGCAUCUAUUGA